AUGAAGAAAAUUUGGCAGGUGUUCACUGAGGAGCUAGGUGAUGGGAAUCUUCAUCAGCACCAUGUUUACAUCUAUGAGGACCUUUUAAGGACCUUCGAGCCGGAAUUAGCCUCCCCAACGACAAAGGAAAUUCUUCAUCCUAGAUGGAAUUUCAGCAGCAUCAAGUAUUGGAGAGCGGCUGCAGCUCAAUUGAUGAUCGCCCGGUUUUCGGAAGACUUUUUCCCGGAAAUACUGGGGUUUACCAUGCACUUCGAAAUGCUUCAGCUGGAUACAAUGCAGGCAACAAAGGAGCUAUCAGAAGUUGGACUCGAUCCAUACUACUUCAUGCUUCAUGUGUCCAUUGACAACAGCCAUUCUGGUCAUGCUGUUAUGUCGCUGGAAUGCGUGGUUGAUUACAUACGAAAAAUAUCGGAAAUGGAUGGUAAAGAAGCCGCUCAUACUGCGUGGCGGCGGAUUCAGGCAGGAUACGUCUUGAGUGAAUGGCUGGGUUCUGAAGAGACUUAG